GGGCUGGGGUGGGGGGGCUGGAGGUGCUGGUGGUCCCUCAGCUCUACCAUGUGUGUCCCAUCACUUCAUCUUCUCCAAACCACCAUCGUUUUCACCUCCACGGUGCAGCUGGAGGCCUGGCUGGAGGAGCUGAGCUCGUUGGAGCCCUCACUUGCCCCGGCAAUGAUUUACUAGCCCGGGGGGGCCGCUCCCAGCCUCCGCCCCGCGGACCUUGGAGCCGGGACCUGGCAAUGCUGUGGCUCCUCUCUAUCAAAAAUGUUUUCUCUGGGGUCCUGGUUGCUGCCACUGCCCGGGCUGGCAUGGGGCUGGGCACUGCUGGAUGCCCUCCUGCAAGGGUUGGUGGGUGCCUGCGCCGUCUCGGUGCUCUGCAGCCUCCUGAAGGUUUAUCUCUACAUCCAGUGCCUGAAUGACCCCGAGAGGCAGAAGGAGGCGGAGGCGAUGCGGGUGCAGCGCCGGGUGCUGGAGCCUCUCCGGGUGCUGGUGCUGACGGGGGUCCUGGCCCUGGUGGGCUCCCGGGUGGCUGCACUGGUGGUGCUGGAGUUCUCCCUGCGUGCUGUCUCCACCAUCCUCUCCCCGGGCAAGGGCUCCCCGAGCAGCCAGCUCUACCUGCUGUGCCAGUACUCCCUGGGCUGUGGGAUGUCCUGCAGCCUCACCUUCCUGCUGGAAGGGGCUCCCCACGCCACCUGCAACCUGGGGCUAGCGGCGGGGCUGGCAGGGCUACUGGCCACCUCCACCCACCGCCUGGCCCGUCACGUCUGCACCCUCUACGAGCUGCACAGCCGGGCCAGGUACUGCGGGGUCUGCAUCCUCCUCCUCUCCUCGGGCUAUGGGAUCCCCCACCUGCUGAGCAAGGCCUUGGCCAUCACCUUCAGCGUGGCUGCUGCGGCUGCCGUCGCCCUCAUCAACCGCGACUUCCUCUCCACCGCCGAGGCCGUCAGGUUCUGGACACCCCUCACCAUCUGCUACACCCUGCUGGUCAUCUACAUGCAGGAGGGCCCAGGGCAGAGCAUUUAUCAGACGGUGCUGGUGCGGAUGGGCGGCCUCUUCAUCCUCCUCCUCACCGUGGGCCAGUGGGCUGAUGUCCUCCAUGUCUUGGUGUCCUUGGUGGGGGAAUUCUGGUGCCUGCUGCAGGCUGGAGCCCUGCUGGAGUCCUGCCAGGGACAGGUUUUCACCCAGCAGCCUUGGACAGGGUCACAGCUGGGAUCAGAGUCACAGCCAGGAUCAGAGUCACCAUCAGAGGAGUCGUGACACAGCGUGGGGUGUAACUGGGUGUCAGGAACUCGGGGUGGCUUCACCUGGCUCCCCAAAACACAGGAACACCCCCCUCCCAAAAUCCUCCCUGCCAUGGGGAUGAAGGAAAAAGCCCCUUCUGGGAAACCUCAGCCCCCAUCCCAUGAGGUGGAAGGGGAGGCUGGGGGAUGCUGCCACAGCCCCUGGGUUUUGAGGGACCUCACAAGGCUGAGGUGGUGCUGUGGGUUUGCCCCCUGAUCCUGCUGGGGACACGGGAUGCUGAUGGAUGUCCCCGUCCUCGGUGGCAUUGGGGCCACCCUGUCACAGUGCUGGGGCCGCAGAGGGUUUAUAAAUCUCUGAAAAUAAAA